AUGGCUGCAAUUUUUCUUUUCCUUCUUCUUCUUCUUCUUCUUCAAGUUGCAGCUGCUCAACAAGGGAAUAUCAGCCUAGGUGCUUCUCUAUAUCCCAAUAACAACUCAUACUGGUUAUCGAAUUCGGGUCAGUUUGCUUUUGGCUUCUACAGGCAAGGAAAUGACCUUGCUGUAGGCAUCUGGUUCGAGAAAACCAAUCCGAAAACAGUCAUCUGGACAGCAAAUCGUGAUGCUGUUAAACAAGAGCCACUUCCUAAUGAUGUUCAAUUGACUGUGAGGGACAGUGGAGUUGAGCUCAGUUCAACCAGCAAGAAUGCCUUCCUUAUACCAAUUUCAAAUUCUUCCCAGCCUGCUUUCAGGGCCGCCAUGCUUGAUUCAGGUAACUUUGUCCUCUACAAUUCUGAUUCAAAGAUCAUUUGGCAGACUUUUGAUGUUCCAACAGAUACCAUUGUAUCGGGGCAGCGUCUGUUGGCUGGAACAAAGCUCAUCUCCUCCAUCUCAAACAUGAAUCACGCAAGUGGAAGGUUUCAGGUGAUCAUGCAGAGUGAUGGCAACCUAGUUCAGUAUCCAGUUGGUCCAUUUACAUUGAGUACUGAUCAAUAUGCUUAUUGGGCCUCUGGGACAGUCGGAGCUGGGAACAAUGUGUCCCUCAAUCUUGAUCAAAAUGGGGGGCUCUAUCUUCUUAAUUCCACUGGUUUCAAGAUAAAAAGUAUUGCCGGUCAGCAAGGCCUUUCUAUGUAUCCUGGCUAUCGUCUGACGAUUGAUGCUGAUGGAAUACUCCGGUUGUACUCCUACAGUUUGGUUAAGAAUGGUUCCUGGUCAAUUGAGUGGUCAUCAACUGAUAAUAAGUGUGCUCCUCUUGGCCUCUGUGGCCUAAAUUCUUAUUGUGUACUUGUGGAACAGGAACCUUCUUGUGUAUGUCUCCCUGGUUUCACUUUCAUCUACGAGGGCCAAAGAUAUUUAGGCUGCAAGAGAAACUUGAGUGCAGUUGGUUGCAAAGGUGAGAAUGAAACUUCAUAUUCUAUUGCUGAUGUGGAUAACAUAGAUUGGGAAAACACUCCAUACUCUAUUCUAUCAUUGGAUAAGACUGCUUGUAAAGAGGACUGUUUGAUGGAUUGUAACUGUGAAGUUGCAGUAUUUAGGGACCAACAGUGCAAAAAACAAAAACUUCCCCUAAGAUUUGGAAGAACUGGCCCAACCGAUAUGGCGGUGACAACCUUUGUCAAAAAGGGUACUACUGAUGAGAGUUCAGGUACAAAUAGGGUGAGCAAGGGAAGAAAAAAAGUUGAAAUUGUUGUAAAUAGUUAUUAUUUAGUGGGCAUUCUUGUAAUUAUCCAAUUAGGGAUAUUGUAA